GCCGCAACGCUACUUUCACGGUUCGGUGUACCGAUAACGUUUUACACUGAUUCCAAACACAGCAUUUAACCAAAUACCACCACUACCUUUCUCCCCUUUUCCGGUUAACUCGUUUUCUCUGUUACUUCUCUUCUUCUGAAAUGGCGCAGCUUAUCUAUCUGCAACUCCUAUUCCUUUUUCUGUUCUUCCCAUCAACAUCCACCGUCGAUUUGGUCUUCAACGGCUUUGCUUCCUCCGAUCUCUUGUCCUACGGCAACGCGUCGCUCGAGUCUCGUAUUCUCAUCCUUACAAACAACUCUGCUUUCUCCAUUGGCCGCGCCCUUUACCCCACAAAGAUACCAACCAGACCUCCCAACUCGUUCACGUUCCUUCCAUUCUACACCUCCUUCAUCUUCUCCAUCGCUCCCAAUGAGGGCCAACUCUCCGGCCACGGCCUUGUCUUCAUCUUUGCUCCCACCACCGGAAUCAAUGGCACCAGCUCUUCUCAAAAUCUAGGCCUCUUUAACCGCACCAACAGCGGCAGCCCCACCAACCACGUACUGGGUAUCGAAUUUGAUGUUUUCCAGAAUCAAGAAUUCAAUGAUAUCAACGACAACCAUGUCGGCAUCGAUGUUAACUCUCUCACGUCAUUAACUGUCCAACCGGCCGGUUAUUGGGGUGAGAAGAAAAAUGAUCAAAAUGGGACUUUUCAUGAUUUGAAGCUCAACAAUGGCGCCAACUAUCAAGUAUGGAUCGACUACUCGAAUUCUCAGCUUAAUGUCACCAUGGUCCGAGCUGGAUUGAAAAGGCCCCAGCUGCCUUUGAUCAGUACUCCCAUCAAUCUGUCAGACGUUCUUCUAGACGAAAUGUAUGUCGGCUUCACAGCAGCAACAGGACAGUUAGUUGAAUAUCAUAGGAUUCUUGCUUGGUGUUUCAGUAAUUCAAAUGUCUCGAUUGGAGAUUCCUUAUUAACUUCGAAUUUGCCGUCGUUUGUUCCUCCUAAGAGUUCUGUUCUUCGAUCAAAAGGAGUAAUUGCGGGGAUCACGGUGGCGGUUGUCGUUGUUCUCGUCUGUGCUGCCCUGAUAUCUCUGCUUUUAGUUAAGAAGAGGAGGAGAAUGAGGGAAAGAGAGGAGAUGGAAGAAUGGGAGUUGGAGUACUGGCCCCAUCGGGUCACUUACAAGGAGGUUCACGCGGCAACCAAGGGGUUCUCGGAAGAAAAUGUAAUUGGAGUUGGAGGGAACGGGAAGGUCUAUAAAGGGGUUUUGUCAGGAGGACCAGAGGUUGCUGUGAAGCGCAUUUCGCUCGAGACUGAUGAAGGAAUGAAAGAAUUCUUGGCUGAGGUAUCGAGCCUUGGCCGAUUGAAGCACAGAAACUUAGUUGGGUUAAGAGGCUGGUGCAAGAGAGAGAAGGGGAGCUUGAUUUUGCUGUAUGAUCAUAUGGAGAAUGGGAGCUUGGACAAGAGAAUCUUUGAAUGUGAGCAGAGUAUGAUGUUGGGUUGGGAAGACAGGGUGAGAGUGAUGAAGGAUGUGGCUGCUGCGAUCUUGUACUUGCACGAGGGCUGGGAAGCUAGAGUCUUGCACAGAGACAUAAAAUCCAGUAAUGUGUUGCUUGACAGAGAUAUGAGUGGCAGGUUAGGAGAUUUCGGGUUGGCUCAAAUUCAUGUUCAAGGCCAGCCGACGAACACAACGCGCGUGGUUGGAACUGUGGGAUACAUGGCUCCCGAAGUGUUGCGGAGCGGGCGGGCGUCGACACAGACCGACGUGUUUGGUUUUGGGAUCUUGAUUCUUGAAGUUGUUUGCGGGCGGAGACCCAUAGAGGAUGGGAAGCCAGCUUUGGUUGAUUGGGUGCGGGGACUAGCAGAGUGUGGGGAGUUGCUGUCUGCGCUGGACGAGCGGCUGAUGGCGAAAGGGGGGUGCGACGCUGAGGAGGUAGAGAAGUUUCUUCGUCUUGGCUUGUUGUGUGCAUGUCCUGACCCUCGUGAUCGGCCAACGAUGAGACAAGUUGUGAAGGUGUUGGGGGAGUCAGGGGAGGCGGAGUCAUCUAAAUGGUUAAAUUUGGAGGAGCUUCAGUCUGCAAUUUGGGAACUCAAUUUCCAAGGGAACUUCGACAGUUCUGCCUUACUGUCGGCCUACUCUCUAUCCCUAACCAAUGACUCCUAUCCAAGUGACCUCUGAUGAUUGAAAGGAAUCUAUGUUCAUUUGAUGAUCCAUCCAUUCAUGAGGCUUUUAUCUCGAUUAGCCAAUAGUUUCAGAAAGAAAAACCUUCACCGAGUUCAAGUGGAGUGUCAACUACUUGUGGAGUUAAGAUAUUCAUUCCACACUUGAUUGGGAAGAAAGGCAGGGAAAGAAGACAAAAAUGUGUUCGUGACUUCAGAAGAUGCUCAGUGUUUGAGUUUGCAGUAGACCUUCCAAAGAAUUGUGGCAUCUUAAGCAUGGUAAGAUGUUCCUUCUUAACCUGAGUAUAAUCUUAUCUACUCCAAAUGUGCAAGGAAAACAUGUCCACCUUCAGUAAUUCUUGUAUACUGCAGACAAUAAGCUAUUGGAAUCAAUUUACAAACACCACCCCCAGAAACAACAGAGCAAUUUGUAGUCUACAUGUAGAAUGGAACUAACAGCAUAUUGUCCUCCUGUUUCCAUUAAAGUUUUGCUCACCAUUAAUAACAAAAAUUUGUCAA